GCGGUAUCUCAGUCAGAAGCUCAGCGCAUUCGUUUCACUCCCGAAAUUUUACAGCAGACUAGGCUGAUCUUAUUUCUACUUUCGUGGCGUUUUCUUCUGAGAACUUAAUCAUUCACGGACCUGUAGCUACAUAUAUCUAUAUUUGCAUUCAGCAGUUAUUCAUAUAACGCUCUCUGGAUUUAUACCAUUUGGAUACAUUCUUUUUCCCAUUUCUCCUUCGAGAAGCAGAGAGGGAGACCGCCAGGAGCUCGGAUAUUGCUUUUGACGGGGAGAAAAUGUGACUGCUUUGACUGAUGCCGUUGUUUUCAAAUCAACAUUUGUUGUUUCACACUGUGAUUCGUGACAGCUCUAACACCAUCACUGAGAUAGGAGCAGAUCCUGUUCACAAAGUCUAAAUGAAGUUUCCCAGCCAUGCAAUGUUCUUGGAAGGCAGUGAUCCUGCUAGCCUUGGCCUCAAUUGCCAUCCAGUACACAGCUAUCCGGACCUUCACAUCCAAGCCUUUCCAGCUCUGCCCUGUACCAGUCCCACAGAACUGCAGCCUGGGGACCCAAGACACAGAUGCCUCCUUCGAGCGUGGUUGUGAUGAAUAUGCUUAUUUCACCUUCAAUGCCUCUCGAAAGACCCAUAUCCUGGUCUUAGCCACGACCCGCAGCGGCUCAUCAUUUGUGGGGCAGCUGCUGAACCAGCACUCUGACAUCUUCUACCUGUUUGAGCCACUCUACCAUGUCCAGACAGCCCUGAUUCCCCGUCUCUCCCACAGUCGCAACGCGGCCGACAGACGUGUGAUGCUAGGCGCCAGCCGAGACUUGCUCCGAAGCCUCUAUGGCUGUGACUUGCACUUUCUGGAAAGCUAUAUUAAGCCACCACCAACCGACCACACCACCGACAAGCUGUUCCGCCGUGGGGCCAGCCGAGCACUCUGCUCACAGCCUGUUUGCGAUGCCUUCGGGCCCAGAGAGGCCAAUGUGGAGGAGGGUGACUGUGUGAAGAAAUGCGCCACUCUCAACAUGACCCUUGCUGCCGAGUCCUGCAGGGAUAUGCGUCAUAUAGCCAUAAAGAUAGUGCGGGUGCCUGAAAUAGGGGAUCUGCGGGCACUGGUGGAGGAUCCACGGCUCAACCUAAAGGUGAUCCAGCUGGUAAGAGACCCUCGGGGGAUACUUGCCUCACGGAUUGAGACCUUCCGGGACUCUUAUCGCCUCUGGAGAAUCUGGAGGGCAACAGGAAGGAAACCCUAUAACCUGGACUUGACUCAGCUCACAGUAGUGUGUGAAGACUUUUUGAGCUCUGUUUCUACAGGUCUCAGUCACCCCUACUGGCUUAAGGGGAAGUACAUGUUGGUGCGAUAUGAGGACUUAGCAAGGAACCCCCUCCAGAAAACCAAGGAUAUCUAUGACUACCUUGGACUGUCUAUGGACAAAAAUGUGGUGGACUGGAUUCAAGCAAACACCCGGGGGAGUAAUGAGCUCUCGGCCAAACACAAAUAUGGUACAGUGAGGGAUUCUGCAGCCAAUGCUGAGAGCUGGAGGCUCAAACUGUCCUUUGACAUGGUAGACUACACACAGACUGUGUGUCAAAGGGUCCUACAUACACUGGGCUAUAAAAGUGUCAAGUCAGCCGAGGAACUCAAAAAUAUUUCCCUCUCACUUGUGGCAGACAAAGUUUUUGUACCAUUUUUAUAACUAAGAUAGUUGUGAAUGACUAUUUUUGAUAUGUUUAUAAAUGUUGCCUUAUGAUUGAUGUUAAGGUUAUUCUUUUCCUCAUAUACCUUUCAAAUUUGCACUAAAUUCCAUCCUUGAACUCAUA